CUCAACGCUAGCUACUGCUGAGCAAAAUGGAGAGAGUAAAGUCCUUCGCUUCACAUUUCACUGGUAACUCAGGCCGAGCUUCUCUGGAACGCAAGAGUCCAGACGAUGUGGUUAUUACCCUCGCUGUCCGUUCGCCAAUGUGCAAGGCACGCAAGGGCGGGUUCAAGGACACGCGCUCGGACGAACUCCUCACUGCACUCUACAAAGCUGCCAUUGCUCGAGCAGGUAUCGACCCGAAGUUGAUUGAAGAUAUUUGUGUGGGGAACGUACUCACACCUCGUCCGACUUUCGAGGCACGGGCAGCUGCACUUGCAGCUGGUAUCCCCGAGACGACCCCAGUACAGGUCAUCAAUCGUUUCUGCUCCAGUGGCCUUAUGGCCGUCACGACGAUAUCAAACCAGAUACGUGCUGGCCAAAUUGAAAUUGGACUUGCUAUUGGCUCGGAAAGCAUGUCUGCCAACCCAGACCAGGGCUCACCACCUUUGAGUGAGGAAAUUAUGACACAUCCAGUUGCAAAGGAUUGUGUUGGACCUAUGGGCUGGACGUCUGAGAACGUUGCGAAAGACUUUAACAUCUCUCGGGAGGACAUGGAUGCUCUGGCAGCACUCUCCUUCCAGCGAGCAGAAUCAGCCCAGAAGGCUGGUAUCUUUGCGAGUGAGAUUGUUCCUCUCACUGUUCCAAAGCACGACCCCGACACUGGUAAAACGGAACAAAUAACCGUUGACCACGAUGACGGGAUCCGCUACGGUACUACGAAGGAAACACUUCUGAAACUGCGCAGUGCCUUCCCUCAAUGGGGUGAUGGAAAGACAACCGGUGGAAAUGCCAGCCAAAUUACCGAUGGCGCGGCUGCGGUUCUUCUAAUGACCCGACGAAAGGCAGAGCAGCUUGGUCUGAAGAUAAUUGCAAAGCAUGUGACCACAGCAGUUGCUGGUCUCGCUCCUCGUAUUAUGGGCAUUGGUCCGACGUUCGCAAUUCCAGAGGCUCUGAAGAAAGCUGGUAUCACUAUUGAUGACGUCGACCUAUUUGAGAUAAAUGAAGCGUUUGCGUCGAUGUACGUCUAUUGCGUGCGAAAGCUCAACCUGGACAUUGAGAAGGUUAAUGUGAAUGGUGGUGCAAUUGCUCUGGGUCAUCCAUUAGGCUGUACAGGUGCUCGGCAGGUUGCAACAGGUCUAAACGCACUCGCGCGUCGUAACGGAAAGAUUUUGGUAACGUCCAUGUGCAUCGGGACUGGGAUGGGAGCAGCAGCUGUCUUUGUCCGGGAUUGAUUCUUGGUCUGUUAUGGGGUAUAUGAGCUACAAAAAUUGUAUAUUAAGCACCUAUGCGCAGAGGAUAUGAAAAUUGAAAUAUAUGAUCAAGCAUU